CGGCAGCGGCGGCGGCGGCGGCGCUUCAGGCACCUGGGCCCUGGCACCAUGAGGCGAGUGGUACGACAAAGCAAAUUCCGGCAUGUAUUUGGACAGGCAGUGAAAAAUGACCAGUGCUAUGAUGAUAUUCGGGUUUCUCGUGUGACCUGGGACAGUUCCUUUUGUGCCGUCAAUCCCAGAUUUGUUGCCAUAAUCAUCGAAGCCAGUGGGGGAGGAGCGUUCCUCGUGCUUCCUCUGCACAAGACAGGCCGGAUCGAUAAAUCCUACCCUACAGUCUGUGGCCACACAGGACCAGUGCUGGAUAUAGACUGGUGCCCACAUAAUGACCAGGUCAUUGCCAGCGGUUCAGAGGACUGCACGGUGAUGGUUUGGCAGAUCCCAGAAAAUGGACUCACCCUUUCGCUGACUGAACCUGUGGUGAUUUUAGAAGGCCACUCAAAGAGAGUUGGCAUUGUGGCCUGGCAUCCGACAGCCCGCAACGUGCUUCUUAGCGCAGGCUGUGAUAAUGCCAUCAUCAUCUGGAAUGUGGGCACAGGGGAAGCCCUUAUCAACAUGGACGAUAUGCAUGCAGACAUGAUUUACAACGUGAGCUGGAACCGCAACGGUAGUCUGAUCUGUACAGCCUCCAAGGACAAGAAAGUGAGAGUCAUCGAUCCCAGGAAACAGGAGAUCGUGGCUGAGAAGGAGAAAGCACACGAGGGAGCCAGGCCCAUGCGAGCCAUCUUCCUGGCUGAUGGCAACGUCUUCACCACCGGCUUCAGCCGGAUGAGCGAGCGGCAGCUGGCACUCUGGAACCCGAAAAAUAUGCAGGAACCAAUUGCUCUUCAUGAAAUGGACACUAGCAAUGGCGUGUUGCUGCCUUUCUAUGACCCUGACACGAGCGUCAUCUACUUAUGCGGAAAGGGUGACAGCAGUAUCCGCUACUUUGAGAUCACAGACGAAUCUCCGUAUGUCCACUACCUCAAUACCUUCAGCAGCAAGGAGCCUCAGAGAGGGAUGGGUUACAUGCCCAAGAGGGGACUUGAUGUUAACAAGUGUGAGAUUGCCAGAUUCUUCAAGCUUCAUGAGAGGAAGUGUGAGCCCAUCAUCAUGACUGUUCCCAGGAAGUCUGACCUUUUCCAAGAUGACCUGUACCCUGACACGGCUGGGCCCGAAGCCGCACUGGAGGCGGAAGAGUGGUUUGAGGGGAAGAAUGCUGAUCCCAUCCUUAUCUCCUUGAAGCACGGGUACAUUCCAGGCAAAAACCGGGAUCUCAAAGUGGUCAAGAAGAACAUUCUGGACAGCAAGCCCGCUGCAGAUAAGAAGUGUGAUCUGAUGGGUGCUCCCAAGAAGACCACAGACCCAGCCAGGGUGCAAAGUGAAGCCAAGUUGGAUGAGAUUUUAAAAGAGAUCAAAUCCAUAAAAGACACAAUCUGCAAUCAAGAUGAGCGCAUUUCCAAGUUAGAACAGCAGAUGGCGAAGAUCGCUGCCUGAAGAUCCCACCCACCCUCCAGGAAAGGGGAGCGAGGACUCUGCUUGGUAGCUGGUUGUUGGUGUGGUCCUAGGGAGGGCAGGAAGGGGGGCACUGCCAUGUGGAGACAUUCCAUUUCAGAUUUGUCAACCAGCAAUAGGCCACAUUCCAGUAAGAACUCAAUUCGUCUCCCAAAUUUGCAAAAACAAAAGUGGAGCUUUUUAUCAGAAGCUUUUUUUGAUGUUUGAAGUGUUAUAUGACUUAUUGAACUUUUACAAGACAAAAGUACUACUUUUAAAACCCCAGAUAUUCUGAAUUUUAGAAAACAAGUCUGAUUCCGUGUUGUGCCCAAGCACCUUUUUUUUAUGACUAGGGACCAAUGCCACAUUGCUUUUUAUAUUUCUUUUUUAAUGUUGCCAAAACCAAAAGUAGCUUUUUUUCUUUGUAUUUUGCUACUUUGCAGUAUUUGUGUGUUUUUUUUUUUUCCCCAUUACUUUGAAAGGGACAGCGCUGUGUGUUUGUAAACUAAAUGAAGAUAAUCUUUUGUAUGAACCCUCCCCCGAGAACAGUCAGCGGCAGCCACACGGUGCGGGCUCAUCGCAGCAGCAGAGCCCGGCCAUGUUAAUGACCGUGGAAGCCUUGAGCCACGGGGACCCACAUUGCCACUCCAUUCCACUGAGUCUUCUGAUCAAAACAGAUCUUGCGUCCUCUCUCUUCCGUCCUUUCCUCUCUUUUCUGGGAGCUGGGUGGCUGUGUCAGAAUGGGAUGCUGCCUCUUGAUUCUGUGCUUCAGAUGAUUAUACUCUGACCCAAUCCAGCACGUUUCUGCAGUUUUUUGCACCCGUGGGAUCUGCCCCAUCACCCUGUGCGCACCAGGUGUUGGUCCAUAGUUGACAGGGAUGCCCGAGACACGAAGACAUGGCGUGUUGCUGAGUGCCCGCAACCAUCGCGGCACCUUGCCUAGCCCCACAGUCAGUCUGGGUGGUGGCGGGGCUUUGCCUGGUCUGUGUUUUCGGCCUGAGCCCUCCUGUCCUCACGCUGGGCCAGAAAGGAAGUGGCCCGUACUGCAGCCACAGAGCUCCUGCCCCCUCCCCACUCGGCUGCAGCCUCUCCGGCUCCCAGCCAGUCCCGCUGGCCUUCUGCCUGUCAGCCCCCAUCAGUCAGCAAGAUGAGGGGUUACUGAACGUUGAAACUGAGGGGAAUAGUCUGGAAUCAAGCAGAAGGGGAGCGUGGCUGUCUGCUGUAGCUUUAACGUGCGGGAACAUGUCCUUCUGCAGCCUCCACACAAACCAGGCUACUGUGCCCUCUGGCCCGCACCCUAGCCCUGGGGUGGAGCACAGUGGUUCUCUGCAGAGACGGAGCGCUGGUCACCGACCUGUCCCUAGGACAGCUGGAAUUUUGCCCCAGUUCCAUGUUCUCAUUCUGCAUGCUUGUGUGGUCAGAGCUGAGUGCUGGACCUGAAUGUCACCCUGGUGGUGUCAGGGACCGCAAAGGGAGGUCCUGGCAUGUGCUUACGCUGACGUGGGUACAGGGCUGGCAGCAAGUGUGUGUUCACAGGAGCCAGAAAGGAAUUGGAAUGUGGCAUCAGACCCUGCUGGGGGUGCUGUCCACAAAUAAAGGUACUGUAUUCAUAUUUGCUAACUCUACAAUUCCAGGGCACCUGAACACUGCGGCUCGUGUGCGUGUGUGUGUGCGUGUGUGUGUGCAUGUGUGCUUUGGUGGAGGGGAUUAGGUGACUUGCAGUCAAACCAACAUUGCUUACCUGUGAACUGUAAUCUGCUGAAUUCAUUUGUUUCUGAGAUUCAGAAAUGUUUUGAGGUCUGAGAUCCAGUUAAGUGCAUAAGCAGAAUUGUGGGGGACAGUGUGAAGCACUACAGGGAAUGUUCAAAGAGGGAGGCCAAGAAGCUCCCCUCACGGUAGUUCGUGGCUUCUGACUAUUUAAUGAGUGGGUGCCCAGCAGGCUCGGAGCAGGUGCCUGAAGCAUUGUGGAUUCUUUGUCCUGUUUUGUCACCUUAAAGCCAUGACAUCCUGGAGGAAGACAGUGAAUUGCUCCUAGUUCGGCUCUUAUAGAGCGGCCAUAGUGUUCUGUCCCAACACCUGCUUCCGUUUUCAAAGAUAAAGGACAUUGAUUACAAA